AUGUCACAGCUUCUGUGGCCACCUGAAUCUGCAUAUUCUGUAAAAUGGGGACACUCAAGUGGUGAACAUAGAGCCAAUCUAGUGUCCAGUGGAGAGCACCAUGAGUUGUGCUAUGACUAUAUGGCCAGGGUGGAUAACUAUGUCUAUGACUCUGGUUCAUCCUAUGGAGGGCUAAGAAAUGUCCUCAACCUGCAGUGCUACAUUUCAAGCAUGCUGGUUCUAAGCAUAAGAUCUGUUGCCAAAAUGGAGAGAAGCUUGAUUACUUUGAAGGACCUUCUAAAAAAAAGACUGCCUGGGGCAGCAGUAGAGCAUUACUUGGCAGAGAAGGAAGCAGUGGCAGCCAGAAAUCCUGCUGGUGUGGUCCAGUGGACUUCUUGCCACCCACCCACCUUAGAGUCUGACAUUUUAACCAAGAUUACAGAGCUGGCAAAUAUUUCCUCCUCAGGACAUAUCAGAAGUAUUCUAAAUCUUCUGGAGAGGAUUCAAGCCCCUGCUACCUUUGUUUCAGCCAAUAGUGGGGACCUUGGCCUGCACACUCUAAUUCAGAAGUGCAGGUCUAAUGAGGAUUUUAGCCAUUAUGUUUCAUUCAUGUCUAUGGUGGACUAUGUCAAACUAUCCUUUCAUCUUGCAAAAAUCAAAGGCAAAGACAUCCCAUAUGCAUGUCUACAUAAGGAAGCAGGUGUGAGUGAUAUUAUUCUUUUCUUUAGGGACAUGAAAUAUAUAUAUCUUGCUCAUGAAUCUUUUGAAGGUCAAGACAUAAAGUUCAUUGACAAAAACAAAAAGUUCCUGGGCUUGUUAAUUCCACAGAAUCAUAUUAUCAAGAAGAGGCUUGAGGCACUUCAGAACUAUCUCAAGGUUGAAAUGCCAAACCACAUGGACCACAUGGAAUCUUCUGAUAAGCCUUUCACAACAAUACACUUUGAUCACUAUAUCAGAUUUGCUGAGAAGGCCCAUGGGGCACCCACCUCCACUCAUCCUGAUCUUAUCAAAAAAGCUAGUGUUGCUAGAGUAAAUCAUACCCAGUUCCUACCAUAUCCCUCCCUGAGUCCCAGCAAGUAUUUUAAUUCCAUCAUCUCCAACUUGAACAUAUGCCUCUCCCUGAUGAUCCAAAGCACCAUUAUGGUAUGGUAG